CUACUCAUGCAUUUGCUAUAUAAAUAUUUCCAGUAUUCAUUUAUCUCCACACCAACAAGUACACCAUUCUAAGUCUCAAAAUCAGAACAUUAAUUACACAUUCCUGUCUUAUAGGAUUUUUUGAACUUGCAACAUGGAGAAUGGUAAAAACCAUGUUGCUGUUGAGCUUAUUGUGAAGCAAGGAGAACCAACCUUGGUUUCUCCAGCAGAGGAAACAGACAAGGGACUAUAUUACCUUUCAAAUCUUGAUCAGAACAUAGCCGUCCCCGUCCGAACAAUUUACUGCUUCAAAUCAGAGGAAAAAGGAAAUGAGAAUGCUGUUGAAGUAAUCAAGGAAGCUUUAUCAAAGGUUCUUGUUCACUAUUAUCCACUUGCUGGGAGAUUGACAAUCAGCCAAGAAGGGAAACUUAUAGUGAACUGCAGUGGAGAAGGAGCAGUUUAUGUUGAGGCAGAAGCAAAUUGUAGCAUAGAAGACAUUGGUGAUAUUACUAAGCCUGAUCCUGUAACACUUGGCAAGCUUGUUUAUGACAUUCCUGGUGCUAAAAACAUACUAGAAAUGCCUCCCCUGAUUGCUCAGGUGACAAAGUUCAAAUGUGGGGGAUUUGUGCUUGGUUUGUGCAUGAACCAUUGCAUGUUUGAUGGGAUUGGAGCAAUGGAAUUUGUGAAUUCUUGGGGUGAAACUGCCAGAGGUGUACCAAUCAAAGUCCCUCCAUUCCUAGACAGGAGCAUACUCAAGGCUAGAAAUCCACCAAAAUUUGAAUAUGCUCACAAUGAGUUUGCUGAAAUUGAAGAUAUAUCAGACUCUACAAAACUAUACCAAGAAGAAAUGUUAUACAAGUCCUUCUGUUUUGACCCUGAGAAGCUAGAGCAACUAAAAGCAAAAGCUAAAGAAGAUGGAAAUAUUACCAAGUGUACUACAUUUGAAGCCCUUUCAGCUUUCGUCUGGAAAGCGCGAACUCAGGCAUUACAGAUGAAACCUGAUCAAAAGACAAAGCUGCUCUUUGCUGUAGAUGGAAGAUCAAGAUUUGAUCCCUCAAUUACAGAAGGAUAUUUUGGAAACGGGAUCGUGUUAACUAAUGCACUCUGUAAUGCUGCAGAGAUAGUUGAGAAUCCACUUUCUGUUGCUGUGAAGUUGGUUCAAGAAGCUGUUAAAAUGGUAACAGAUAGUUACAUGAGAUCUGCCAUAGACUAUUUUGAAGCAACAAGAGUUAGGCCAUCUUUAACUGCUACUCUUCUUAUUACUACUUGGUCUAGGCUUUCUUUCCACACUACAGAUUUUGGGUGGGGAGAGCCAGUUGUGUCGGGACCUGUGGCUUUGCCAGAGAAGGAAGUUUCUCUGUUUCUUUCUCACGGGAAAGAGAGGAGAAACAUCAAUGUGCUUCUUGGAUUACCAGCUUCUGCUAUGAAGACAUUUGAAGAACUCAUGGAGAUCUAAGCAGCCAUAUUGCAGCUUUCAAUUUGCCAUGAAAUUUGAUAUAUUUAAUGUUGAGUUAUUGAGUAAUUGGUUAUGUUUUACUUUGUGUUAUUAUUAUUUCAUUGAUCCCCAGAAGAAAUUCAGAGCCUGCUGAUAUAUACUGUUACUAAAGUGGAGAAAUGUAGACAGGAUCUUAUAUGUAUUUUAGAAAGAACAGUGGGGAGAUGUACUAUGGCACUUGUACUGUUAUUUCUCUUUGGCAUCAAUUUAUGCUCUUUUGCUUGUUUCUGAAUA